AUGGGUAGUUUUCUCGACCUGGCGUCGAUGGAGGAUCUAAGCAACCGGUUUAAUCAAUUUUUUAAGCAGGAUGCGGAAAGGGCGCAGCUUAUCGAGGUCGUGUUAAGGAAAAUCAAUGAAGAUAAAGGACGACUGGAUACGCUUACCAUCGAGCUGGAGCAUGAGCGAGAGUCCCGCCAUAGGUACCAGCUAGAGCUCCGCGAUUUGCGAGAACAGAGGCAAAGAUGGGAACAGCUCUAUAACAAAGACCCAUAUGUGGUAGUCCUAGUUGAUGGUGACGGUGCCAUCUUCAAUAACGAGUUGUUGCAGGACCCCCGACAAGGGGCCCCUGAAGCUGCGCUGCGGCUGACCGAGGCAGUGAGGAACUACCUUAAGGAUACACCUCUUGGCUCCGAGGACGUUCCUAUUGUGGUGCGGAUCUUUGCAAAUCUGAACGGGCUGGCCAAGUCGCUUUUCCACCACAAUGCCAUCGACUAUGAGGAUAAGAUGCGGGUAUUUGCCGAGCAGUUUACUAAUAGUCGGGCCGAGUUCGAUUUUGUCAAUGUCGGUCACGGCAAGGAGAACGCUGACUCUAAAAUGAGAAAGAUGUUCAAUCAUUUCUAUAAAAACUUCCAGUGCAAGAAAAUCUUCUUUGCUGGUUGCCAUGAUAACGGCUAUCUUCAUGAGCUUCGUGAAUAUGCAGGCGAGUCGGGCAGACAGCGCAUCGUUCUUUUGGAGACUACUCCUGCCCAGCCUGUCUUCACUCAGAUGGGAUUUGAGAUGACCCGAUUUGAUACUGUCUUCCGCACCGACUUCCUCGGAUCGCCGCCUAUCCCCCCUACGUCUUUGCCUGCUCUCAGAACACAAUCAGCGACUGCGGCCCCUGACAAUGGAGUUACGGCACAUCCACCGAUCGCGCCUCCGUCUACUGUUAGAAAGGAAAGUCCUAUCGCGCGACCAGCAACGACAAAUACUGUCCGCACCAACUCUCCCGCGGUAGCUCCGCCAGAGCGUCAAGCAUCCCCUGCAGUUGGAACAGUGGUGAGCUCCGGCAACGGUGGUGUCUCGAUUAAGUAUCCCACAUACGCCACAGCCGGCGGUGGGAACGGUCACCAUAACGUCGUCAUCGCAACCAGUGCCAAAACUAAGGAGCCGCGGGUCAUAUACUACAACAGCAACGGGCAGCGCAUCGAUCCUCCCAACAACCAGUCCACGAACCCGAAUGAUCGUCGAACCUACAAUGAAAAGUGCCUGAGAAUCAAACCAAGAGCCUUCUGUAACGAGCUGUUCCUGGCUGAUGGAUGCUCUAAGGAACCGAAUUGUCCGCAGGAGCACGAACUCAAACUGACGCCGGGAGAGCGUGCGGUCCACAGGUGGAAAGCCCGAGGCAGUCUGUGUUCUAACGGUCCUUACUGUGAAAACUACCGCUGCUAUUUGAGUCAUCACUGUCCAUUCGGAGACGGCUGCACUCGCGGCUCGACCUGCAAAUUCAAGACUGCCCGCUGGGGGGAUUUGCAUCAUACCAAAGUUGAUUUAGAACCUGAGUAG